UCUCGUUCUCGGCAACCCAACGGAACCUGCUUGUGCGUCCACCGAACCUUCAAACCCCUCAUCAGAAAGAAGAAAAAGAAAGCUGUUGAUAAAGACGCGCCCUCAUCGUCUUCUUGCUCCGCUUCUUCUUCUUUUCAUAAAGGAACGCGUUUGUCCUCUAAACGCCGGCCUCUUCGGGUUCGAUUCGGUUCGGUUCGGCAACCUGAGGUUCGCGACGUUGACUCCAUUGCGCUUCCUCUAGGAAUGUCCUUCGCGGCCGUUGUUGCUCAGGUUCUGGAAAAGACAGAUGUUACAAAUGAAAAUCUACCUCCUGAUUAUCUCUCGGUGAUCUGCACUUCAGCUGUCAGAGAAUCUUUAGCUAAUGUUUUUGGAGACAAGUUUGAUUGUUUUGUGAGGAACUUCGAGAAAUCAUUUGGAAGCACCUUGAGGACUCUUAGAUUGAUUAAUGACUCAUCAAAACACAAGGAAAAGUAUUUGUCCAACCUGGAUAAUGCGGAAAGUUCUACUUCAGAUGAAAGUACAAGCGGAAACAGGUGUUAUAGAAACUCCUAUGAUGCAAAGGAUUCGCACUCAGACAUUGAUCUCCCUUCUGUCUCAACUCGAGAUCAAUUGAAUAUCCGUGAAGAUGUACAGGAGGAUGUCCUAAAUGGUCCCCUGAAUCAAGAACUUUCCAUUCAUGGACAAAUAAAUCAACUGGCUUGUGUCAAUCCAAGAACAGGUUCCGACUCCAACCAGUCAAUGCUCAGCACAAUCGAGAAAUCUGUGAUAGAGCAAGUUCGUUCGAAUGAUCUCAAAACAUUAGAGCUUAGUCUUACUAUGAGAAAGUUGAAGCUGAAAGAGGAACAAGUAGCCCUAAAAUUUGAUUCAAACCAUCUGGAGAGAUCAAAACUAGCAAUGGGUAUAUCAAAGGCAUCCUUUAAAGCUGAAAAGUUCAAGAACCAACUUGAAGACACAAGACAUGCCGAAUUACUUAGAACGUGCAUCGAUUUUCUUGUUGCUGGAUUGUUCAUCAUGUCAUUCCUCCUUAUGUAUGGAGCUUAUGUUUACUCUUACGAAAGGAUUACUGAUGCGACAUCAUCCUGUAUUCCAUCUGAGGAAAGCAAGUCCUGGUGGAUCCCAAAGCAGGUGUCAUAUUUCAAUUCAGGGUUCCUCACUCUCAGGUGCCAGGUUCAAGUUGUAAGCCGGAUGAUCUUUGGUCUCAUGCUGAUUCUUGUUGUAGCUUAUUUGCUUAUGCGGCGAUCUGGAACCUCAAAGCAGAUGCCAGUAACUUUUAUUCUGUUGCUGUUAGGAAUUGCCUGUGGUUUGGCUGGGAAGUUCUGUGUAGAUACAUUGGGAGGAGAUGGAUACUUUUGGCUUUUCUACUGGGAGAUUUUAUGCCUUUUGCAUUUCCUCUCAAAUGUCUUUACAUCAGUGCUGUUCAGCAUUCUUUAUGGACCUGUUAACGUAUCACAAAGGACGAGAAGCACACUUUUUCCAUACUGGAUUCGAAGAUGGAUAUUCUAUUCUAUUAUGCUUGUCGUUCUUCCUAUAUUGUGUGGUCUUAUGCCUUUUGCCGGCCUGGAUGAGUGGAAAGAUCACUUCUUGCUUCUGGUUUUAGGUGAUGGUGAGGGAAUCUAGAGUUGGAAGAGUUGGGUUGGCCCCUGUGAAAUUUAUGGUGCUUGUGAGGUUGUCGUUCGACUUUUGGAGUAAUUAUUUUGGAUAAAGAUGUCAAAUUGCUUGCUUGUUGCUCGAAAAGUUUGUCAGCUCGGUUGAAGUAUUUUAUGUGAGCAUUAUUUUUGGCUUUCUUCGUUUGGUGUCCACCUCUGUGAUUGUCAUAUAUAGCAAGUAUAUUUCUCUUAGCUGAAAGUUGAGGUUUAAGAGGCAUCAUCAAGUGGAUCUUAUUAUCAAGCCAUUGUACUUAUCAUUAUGAAUUAAACUACAUAAAGUUAGGAAAACAGCUGCUUCCUUCAGUGUAUGAAUGCUCGUU